AUGGCUUCCGAGCACCAAAUGCCAGCCUCCAAGCAGCAACAAGCCAGCUCCAAGAUUGCCAUCUUUGAGCAAGAGAACUUCCAGGGCCGCUGCCAUGAGCUCAGCGGUGCCUGUCCCAACCUGAAGGAAGCCGGCGUGGACAAAGUGGGCUCCAUCCUGGUGCACUCCGGACCCUGGGUGGGCUACGAGCAGGCAAGCUGCAAAGGGGAGCAGUUUGUGUUUGAGAAGGGGGAGUACCCCCGCUGGGACUCCUGGACCAACAGCCGGAGAAGCGACAGCAUCACUUCCCUGAGACCCAUCAAAGUGGACAGCCAGGAGCACAAGAUCGUGCUGUACGAGAACCCCAGCUUCACCGGCAAGAAGAUCGAGAUUAUCGACGACGAUGUGCCCAGCUUCCAUGCCCACGGCUACCAGGAGAAGGUCUCCUCCGUGCGGGUGCAGAGUGGCACGUGGGUGGGAUACCAGUACCCCGGCUACAGGGGCUACCAGUACCUGUUUGAGAAGGGCGACUACAAGGACAGCUCAGAUUUCGGCGCCCAGCACCCCCAGAUCCAGUCGGUCAGGCGCAUCCGGGACAUGCAGUGGCACCAGCGUGGUGCUUACCACCCCACCAACUAG